AUGACCAAGUUUAAUUUUGAAGAAUUUAGUAAUUUAGUUAAUAAAACAAGUGUGUUAUUAAAUGAAACGGAGAGAAAUAAAGAUCAAGAGAUAAGAUUAAAAGGUAAUAUUAAAGCUUUAAAAUAUAUUAUAAAGAAUAUAGAUGAUAUGAAGCUUAAAGAACAAGCUGAUAAUAUCCUUACUUCAUUAUUAGAAAAUAAAGUAUGUACAACUGAAAUAAAUAUCACACAAACAAAAAAGAAUGACGAAAUGGAGACAUUAGUUGAUGAAAAUAUUCUUAAGGAUUCAAAAUCACUUAGAAAAAUAACAGAAGAGUUUAAUCAAAGCCUUAAAAGAGAUAGAAACAUAUUAGAUAAGAUAUCUGAAAAUUAUAAAGAGAAUAUAAAGGAAAGUACUAAAAAUAUAACAGAAACAACUGAGUCUGUUUAUGUUAGUACUUAUCUAUUUUACAUAACAGUAAUCUUUAUAGUUUGUUAUUUUAUAAUUAGAAUUUAA